UGCUACAUCUUUCCAACACCCUCCUCCAGCCCCUGGAUGGUCCUGGGGCUACUGCCUCCACCUCGGGGCGCGAGAUCUUGGAGCGAGGCUCUGGGCUGGGAUUGGGAGGCCCUCGGCGGGGGCCCAGGGCCCCCUCCUCAAGGGCGACCAGCAUGACCCCUCGGGCCGCUCUGACCUAGGGCCUGGGGUCUGGGUUCCUUUUUCACCUCUUGUUCCUGGCCGACGGGCCCCUGCGUUUCUGACGACUUUGUUUUCCCCAGGGCGGGCCAGAGGAGGGGGCUUCGCGGCGAAUGAGCGCUGACCCCAGCGGCUGCCCUGUUAUUAUCCCCGCCAAACAGGCGGCCGGUGCUCGGCUGAGUCACUAGGAGGGAGUUGUGACCGAGGACCUGGAGGGCUGGAGUGGGUGGUAGCCCCAAGGCGGAAUGCUCCUCCCCUCAGGUGCUCCCCAAUUCUGCAGGGAGCCCAGAUUGUCCCCUCCCAUUCCAUGCCUAGGACAGGUUUCCAAGUGUGUACAUGGGGAGUCUGUGUUUGGAAGUAGGAGGACUGACGCAGUCUUGUCUUUUCAAGGCUUACUGAAGCCUGCUGUUUGCCAGGAACCCUGUGGGGGGAGGGGAGAGAGCUCUAGACAGAGCAGAAUAAUAGCCAUUCCCGGUUAUUCUACUGAGGGUUUGACCUGUGCCAGGCGCCAUUCUAAUCCCUCAGCCUGGAUUCUCUCAUUUAACUCUGCCGUUAGCCUAGCAGGUGGAUACUUGCAUCAUUCCCUCGUUUUACAAGUUGGAACUCUGAGGCUCAGGCACUUGACCAAGAAUUCAUUACUAGUAGGCAUUAGGCAGGUCAGUUCCAGAGUGCUUUCUCCUCAACCCUAGGCCAUCCAAGCUCACAAUUAGGUCUCCCAGUCUCCCUUCCUUUCUUUGUUUCUCUCUCUCUCUCUCUCUCUCCCUUCCUACCUUCUUUUCCUUCCUUUCUCGCUCCCUCUCCCCCCGCUCCGUGUGUGUCUUGCUGUUUUUUGAACCUUUACUGUGCACCUGGUGUGUCCGGGGCCUAAGAAGUUUACACCCGGGGCGAAGGGAGAGGAGUGGCUUAAAGCGCGGCAGUGGCGGACGAGUGUGAUGAACGUUCUUCGGGUUUGUGGAGGAGAGCUGUCGCCUGCCUCAGCACACCGGCUCCCUCCCUCCCUCCCUCCGAAGCCAUGGUCUGGAGGAAGCUGGGCUCCAGAAACUUCUCCAGCUGCCCCAAUGGCUCCAGCCAGUGGAUAUGGGACGUGUUUGGCGAGUGUGCCUGGGAUGUCUGGGACAAGGCCAGCGUGGGCCUGGGCUUGAUCUCCAUUCUCUGCUUUGCUGCGUCCACCCUCCCCCAGUACAUCAAGGCCUGCAAAAUGGGCAAUAUGGACCAGGCCCUGUCCCUGUGGUUCCUCCUGGGCUGGAUCGGCGGAGACUCCUGCAAUCUCAUUGGCUCCUUCCUUGCUGACCAGCUGCCCCUGCAGACCUACACAGCCGUGUAUUACGUCUUAGCCGACGUGCUGAUGCUGUCGCUGUACUUUCAUUACAAGUUUAAGAAACGCCCCUCUCUGUGGUCUGCCCCCAUCAAUUCUGUGCUGUUGUUCAUCUUGGGGGUGGCGUGUACCGCCCCACUGCUGAGCAGCGCUGGCUUGGUGGCUGCCCCCAGGGAGGUCUUCCGGGGGCGGACGCUCUUGUCUGUGGAGCCGGGCAAUAAGCCCUUCACGCAGCAGGAAAUCAUUGGCUUUGUAAUCGGCUCCGUGUCCAGCAUGCUGUACCUGCUCUCCCGGCUGCCUCAGAUCCGCACCAAUUUCCUGCGGAAGUCGACACAGGGGAUCUCCUACUCGCUGUUCGCCUUGGUGAUGCUGGGGAACACGCUGUAUGGGCUAAGCGUGCUGCUCAAAAACCCCGAAGUAGGCCAGAGCGAGGGCAGCUAUGUGCUGCACCACCUGCCCUGGCUCGUGGGCAGCCUGGGCGUCCUGCUGCUCGACACCAUCGAUCUCCAUACAGUUCCUGGUAUACAGGGGUACCGCCACCUCAUCAGAGCGCCAGCCACUCCUCCCCAGCUGAGCAGGACCCAGACCCAGGCCAAGCCCAGGAUGACGGGGACCUGCAGAUGCCACACUCAGGAAGGGAGAAGUAUGGGCAGUGACGGUGCUGCUGACCCUGGGCUGGGCCGUGGAGGAAGCUGGGGGUGCCUAGAACUCCCGGCCCGACCGCCUACCCCCAACACUUCCGAAACGUCGUGAGCUGACCCUUCCGGAAGCCCUGACUGACGGACUCUUCCAGGAGCAGGUCAGCCCCCAGGGCCAGCCCACCCCGCCUUGGGAUUCACCCCCAGGGUCUGAGGCAACUGUCCCUGGAGCCUGAAGGGAGGGCCUGCAGCCGAGAACUCGCCUCUCAGAAGACAGUGCAGCUGCCCCUCAGCUCACCUACCUCAUUCUGCCUGCUUCCCCCACCCAACCGCCUGGGGAGGAGCCCAGCUCAGCCUGGUGCACCCUGGACUGUACAGUCGACUGCAGAUGGCCUAGUAAACGGUACUCCCUGUGAGGCCCGUCCUGGUGCUCCUUUCCUGGUGCCAGGCUCUGCGCUGCUCUGGGGCACAGUGAUGGAUGGCGAUCGGGGUCCCACCUACAGGCCCCAGGUGGGGGCCUAAGGGGGUCAGGAUGUGGGAGAGCCAGGCCAGAGGGUACUGUGUCUGCUGGCCCGCCCCUGCCCAGCCUCUUGGGCCUCCAGUUUCUUCAACCUGCUUCUCUGUGACAGGCUCCACACCUGGUGGUGGGGACACAGCAGUGAGAAAGACACUCCUCCAACAGGAUCCCUGCUCCGCGGUGCUCAGCAAGAAGCGGAAUAGUUAAGGUUCAGACUUUGGUUCUGCAUCUCAACUUCUCUGUGCCACAGUUACCUCAUCUGUGCAAUGGGAUGACAGUAUUACCACUUUAUACGUCCUUCUAGGGAUUAAAUAAAAUGGUGUGCUUAUGGAUGUUA